AUGCAAAGGGCUGCACACACCUUUCUUCUUUCACCCAGUUCCACAUUUCCGGCUGGCGUGAUCAUCAUGCCUCCUAACGCUCGGAUCGCAUCAAUCCCAAAACUGACACAGUCACGACACCACAACAGGCCCGGGACACCCCGUCAAUCGUCCGAAUCUCGACUGUUCCAUGUCACGCUUCGAUCCGCACUAACGAUCGAUCGGGAACAUCCAGUGUCAACGAGCGCCGAACAUCGUUUACCCUCAACGUACACGUUGACAACAGGCAAUGCCGCAUAUACUGACCGAGAGGGGGCAAGGGUUGCGACAGCACCUUGUCCCCGGACUCAUUUCCCGAGCAAUCCUGUGCUACAUGGCCUAACUCUUUGCAGCGAUAGCAGCGUAGUCGUGCUCGGUUCCGUCUGCUGCUCCCUCCUACGACUCUCUCUCUCACUCCCUCUCUCACUCCCUCUCUCUCACUCCCUCUCUCUCUCUCUCUCUCUCCCCUUAGCUUUCCUCUUUUUCCCGCUGGCUUCUUCCGAAGGACUCCUCUGUCUCUUUCCGGGAGUAACGCUGUCUUUUUUAAUAGGGGACGGCGCAGGCGGUUUCGUGUUAGCCAAGGGAAUUGCAGUCCUCUUUUUCGGCGAGAAAGAGAGGGCUCUUGCCGAGGCGUUUGGUUGUUUUUUCAACUUGGACGGGGAAGAUGGGGCAGAGGAUGAGGGGCGAGUAGAGUCUGUGGGAGACGAUGGUGGUGAUGAUUUUGGCGCCGGAGAAGCUGGAGUCGAAGAAGAUGAUUUUGAUGCUGAUGAUGAUGACAAUGUUGGUGUUGUUAAAGACUCCUUCAACUUUAUAAUCUCCUGGAUUUUAUCAAACGACGGAUCCUUGACAGUCCAUGGAACAGUGAUUGAAGUAUCACCCGUACGGCUGCGAGGAGUGGGGGUGUCUAUGGACGCACAAGCUUUAGGGGAAGUAGUAGACAUUGUUUGGUCCCUCCCUUUAUUCUUGCUGACAACCUGCCAAUCCCCUUCCUUUUCCUUAGUCAGAGGGGAAGACAGCAACACCGAAUCGGAUGGUUUCCCAUUACUGGUCUUGACUGUUGGCUGA